CAGCGUUCCUUCACUCAGUGAAACACGAGGUAACAUGUCAUUAGUGUUAAGGAUGUGAAAUGAUGCAGACGACAUUUUUCUUGAUCGUUGUUAUUGCGCUAUCUGGGCGGGCAGUGUCCCAGAGUAGCUUCCGGUGCCCGACGGGGAGAUAUAUACCGUGGAGAUAUGUCUGCAAUGGAAGGUGGGAUUGCAGCGACGGGUCGGACGAAAGGAACUGCCCGACAACGUACAGACCAGAACACACCACAGAGACCAAUGGAGCUACAACAUAUGAUCCCUGCUACCGCAAUCCGUGUCAGAACGGUGGAACAUGUUACCCGAAGAGAACCUCGUACUGGCCGUACCAAUACACAGAAUACAGCUGUCAGUGUAACUCUUAUCACUAUGGACAGAAAUGCCAGUAUUAUGGACGACAAACCACUGAGAGACCCACGGUAGAAACAACUCAAAGCUGUCAAAAUGGAGGAUACUAUGAUUAUUAUAACGGUAGAUGUCGCUGCCAAGCAGGCACGUGGGGCUAUUAUUGCCAAUAUGGAAGUGUGCAAACUACGGUGGAGACGACAAAAAUGGCGACAACGUACGAUCCCUGCUACCGCAAUCCGUGUCAGAACGGUGGAACGUGUUACCCGAAGAGAGCCUCGUACUGGCCGUACCAAUACACAGACUACAGCUGUCAGUGUGACUCUUAUCACUAUGGACAGAAAUGCCAGUAUUAUGGACGUCAAACCACUGAGAGACCCACGGUAGAAACAACUCAAAGCUGUCAAAAUGGAGGAUACUAUGAUUAUUAUAACGGUAGAUGUCGCUGCCAAGCAGGCACGUGGGGCUAUUAUUGCCAAUAUGGAAGUGUGCAAACUACGGUGGAGACGACAAAAAUGGCGACAACGUACGAUCCCUGCUACCGCAAUCCGUGUCAGAACGGUGGAACGUGUUACCCGAAGAGAGCCUCGUACUGGCCGUACCAAUACACAGAAUACAGCUGUCAGUGUGACUCUUACCACUAUGGACAGAAGUGCCAGUAUUAUGGACGUCAAACCACUGAGAGACCCACGGUAGAAACAACUCAAAGCUGUCAAAAUGGAGGAUACUAUGAUUAUUAUAACGGUAGAUGUCGCUGCCAAGCAGGCACGUGGGGCUAUUAUUGCCAAUAUGGAAGUGUGCAAACUACGGUGGAGACGACAAAAAUGGCGACAACGUACGAUCCCUGCUACCGCAAUCCGUGUCAGAACGGUGGAACGUGCUACCCGAAGAGAGCCUCGCACUGGCCGUACCAAUACACAGAAUACAGCUGUCAGUGUGACUCUUACCACUAUGGACAGAAAUGCCAGUAUUAUGGACGACAAACCACUGAGAGACCCACGGUAGAAACAACUCAAAGCUGUCAAAAUGGAGGAUACUAUGAUUAUUAUAACGGUAGAUGUCGCUGCCAAGCAGGCACGUGGGGCUAUUAUUGCCAAUAUGGAAGUGUGCAAACUACGGUGGAGACGACAAAAAUGGCGACAACGUACGAUCCCUGCUACCGCAAUCCGUGUCAGAACGGUGGAACGUGUUACCCGAAGAGAGCCUCGUACUGGCCGUACCAAUACACAGAAUACAGCUGUCAGUGUGACUCUUACCACUAUGGACAGAAAUGCCAGUAUUAUGGACGACCAACCACUGAGAGACCCACGGAAAUGGCAACACAGAAUGUCGCUGUCAAGCAGGCACGUGGGGCUAUUAUUGCCAAUAUGGCAGUGGCUGUCAAAAUGGAGGAUACUAUGAUUAUUAUAACGGUAGAUGUCGCUGCCAAGCAGGCACGUGGGGCUAUUAUUGCCAAUAUGGAAGUGUGCAAACUACGGUGGAGACGACAAAAAUGGCGACAACGUACGAUCCCUGCUACCGCAAUCCGUGUCAGAACGGUGGAACGUGUUACCCGAAGAGAGCCUCGUACUGGCCGUACCAAUACACAGAAUACAGCUGUCAGUGUGACUCUUACCACUAUGGACAGAAAUGCCAGUAUUAUGGACGACCAACCACUGAGAGACCCACGGAAAUGGCAACACAGAGUAAGUUUCAAGGAAAAGGGAUCUUUUUCCUAA